GCAUUAAAGGCUGUAUACAGAAGCAUGUGUAUUUGCCAUCACUAGAAACGUUUUUCCCCUCAGAGUUGGCGGGGGUGGUUCUUCAGAGUAUCCGUGCUAUGUAAAUGUGAUUACUAAAUCAUGUGUUUGCUGUAUCUUUUAUAGUUUCAAAUGCUGAACAGAGAGCAUUCGAGGCCAUUGACCGCUUAGCAGGCAGUCCAAGCAUUAUAGAGGACUCGGACAACGAAUUAGCCGCCUUGGUCACUCUUCCUGGCUUCGUUGACCUUACCACUGAUGAUUUUGAAGACGAACCCACCACAAGCGAUGCGUCAAGGGAUAGGAGACGGAACUCAAACAUUAAUUUUUACCAAACACCACCGCAACAGGAACAAAUAAUAUCCAGCAGCGACGCGGUAGAUCUACCGUUGGAAGCUAGGGAACAGCCGGGACCUCGCUCAACAGUCCCUCCAAAGAAGAGGCGUCGUGUGAGCGGAUCGAGUCAGGCGUCCAAUGAAGAAAUAAAUUCUGAUAUCCGUGUUGGACCCGCUGACGACCCGCUGACGUGGACGGAAUCACAAGUGAAAGAGUGGGACUCUUGAUCUUUUACCAGUGAUCGAGACGAUCCGUGGACAGUGAGAGGUAGACAAACUCCGUAUUCGUUUCGCGAAGCGUCUGAAGGGGAAGAGGGUGACGACGAAGGAGAAGAGGACCAACAAGAAGAAGAGCGAGGGGAUACUCCUCGGAAUAACGAGGGUACCGACACACUCGCUGCUGCUUUUAACAAUUUAGCUGCUGUCUUAACCGAAGAACGUAACAGCGCUGCUGAGGAGCGUGCCAGAGCUGCUGAGGAACGUGCCAGAGCUGCUGAGGAACGUGCCAGAGCUGCUGAGGAACGUGCCAGAACAGCACGGGAGAUAGCGUUUCUUCACCACAGACUGGACUUGUUGGAAGGGCGCCGUCUGGAGGAAAACGAGAGAUCAGCAGUAGAAUUUAGCACACUGCACAAUAGGCUUGAUGGCCACGGCACCGGACUGCAUGAAAUAAUAGACAUUAUCCAAAGAAUGCAGAGAAAUGCUGACGAACAUUAUGCCCGAGUUGAAAGAUCAGAAAAUGAUCAGAUGCGAGAGAAGCAAUUAAUGGUGAGUCUGCUUAGCGCCAUAGUCACAGCAUACCCUCGUAUAUAGAUGUGAUUUUGUAAUACAUUUCAGUUCAUCGAUAUUUGACCCGUUUUGAUUUUACAUGCAAAUGCGAUGUCUUUAUUCGCAAGUGCCGCUAUGUAUGCCUUACCACUUUGAAUGCUUGAUUUUACGAUAUUACAAACUGUUUGCUACUCUUGAUCUAAAAAUAAAAAAUUAAAAUGGAUACAGAGAACUGUAUUUCCCUAGCUGUGCCACAUAUCAGUCAUCCAGACCAAACUCUCUCAGACGUGUUACAAAGUCUGCUUGAAACGCACACUGUGAGUACCCAAAACACAUGCGACAGAUUGCAGCAGUUGCUAGACAUGUAUCCAGGCCCUAUAGAAACGUCUUUUAUCAAUGACGAUGCGGUGCCUCAGACUUCAAAUUUGGGACGUUUAGAAGCAGCGAUUGAACAGUAUCCGAAUAUUAAUUUGUCAGAACGUUUACAGGAAAUAUUAGACAGUCCCCAUAUAAACAUAAUACAAGAUGGUGGGGGGUUAAAUAAUAGACGUGUAACUGUAUGUAAUGCAGGCGCUAAUGCUGUCAAUCAGCAGCCGUCGUCUAGCAUCACAGCUCCCCCUACAGAUACUGCUGGAUCGGCAAACAAUACAACACCAUCUGAUCAACCAACAGGUACGUCAGCACUACCGCGUUCAGACAUUGAUACGUUGAUUCGUCAGGGUGGCAUGAUUAACGGCUACCGUGUUUUACCACGACCGCGUUUCAAUAGCAUACAAUUGCGGCGUCUCAUGAAUCUGAAGGAUAUUAACUCUACAGAUUUGGCUGCGUACCACAUUUUUUUACACAAUGCUUUUGACGAUAUAGUAUCCCAUGCUCGAGAUAUUGGCGGCGAAGCGUGUGUAAACAAUUUAACCCUUUCAGCCCCCACUCUGAAAUCACCCGUUUCAGCGGUUUUAUCAGAUGGAAAUAAUUAUGACACCGAUAUAUUUACCGACCAAAUUGCUAAAGUUUUACAGAGUAGCAAUAGAUUGAUGUCGGAAGAUUCCGUUGAAAUAGAAGCUAACGUAGCCAUGAAUAGACGAGGAGGAGGGCGUCGUAAACUUACAGACUUAGCUCUGGAUCAGGUCAUCAAACGGAAAAAAAUGUCGCUAUUUUGUCCAACAAAUGUAUCAAACAAUUUAUGCUUCUCUAUCUGUUUAGCGCAUUUUCUAAAUCCACAAUUACCAGAGAAUGAGCUAGAAAGAAUAGCCGCGACCAUCCAUAACAACGCCGGCUUCUCAAUUCAAAAACAAAUUGGAUUCGACAACAUACGGGCUUUUGAAUCUCUAUUAGGUAUUAAAAUUGUGUUUUUUUACAGGACGAACACUGGGGGGUUAGAAACAUACAGAAAUCACGACGACCCCCACCCUAAAACAGUAUGUCUUUAUUUGCAAGAUUCCCAUUACUAUAUGAUUCUGAAUUUGACUGCGUUCGUCGGAGCCGCCUACGUGUGUGAAUUCUGCUACAAGGGUUACUCGAAUCAUAAACACCAUCAUUGCAAACGCACCUGCAAUGUAUGUUUUGAUGGAGAGUGUUAUAAUCAUCCUAAAAAAGCAGUGUACUGUGGCGAUUGUUUGCGGUUUUGUAAGUCGGGCUACUGUUAUGAAAUGCAUAAAAAAAAAACACCCCCCAGGAGCUGAAAAUCCAGCGUGCGAUGUUAUAAAAUAUUGCAAGCUAUGCAAUAGACGAUAUGUAGUCACAAGUCAAAACAAAAAGCACGAAUGUGCAAUCCAUCAAUGCGUGCAUUGUAACGAAGAUUUGCCUGACCAGGGGUCGCACAAUUGUUUCAUACAACCCAUUCCACCAAAGGACCCCUGCAAUAAAUACAUCUUUUAUGACUUUGAAACGCAAUAUGUAAAUGAACGUCACAAAGCGAAUUUUGUCUGUGCCAUCACUUUUAAAGGCGAGAAAUUUGUGGCCAAAGGACCUGACUGUAUAACGAGACUAAUUGUGCGGUUUAGACAACCUCGAUACGAGGGCUACUGUUUCACAGCUCAUUAUGCGUCCAGAUUUUACUCUUUUCUAAUUCUUGAGUAUUUUUGCAAGGCUGGGCUUACUCUCGAUGUUAUAAUGCAAGGAUGUAAAUUAAUCUUCAUGUAUGAUGAAGAAUUUGCCCAACGAUACAUCGAUAGUUAUGCGUUCAUACCAAUGGCUCUGUCUAAGAUGCCCGCUGCGCUCAAUUUGACCACGAGAGAAAAAGGAAAAUGCAAAAUACCGGGGGAUGUACCCCGACAAAAAGUUCUACAAUUACGAUAACAUGUCUGAUAAAGAUCAGGUAAAGUUCGAUGCAUGGUACAGUAGCGUCAAGGGUAAAAUCUUCGAUUUCAGGAAGGAGUUGUAUGACUACGGCGUAAAUGAUGUUGUCUUACUGCGUGAAGCAUGCAUGAAAUACCGAGAGGCGUUCAUUGAAUGUACAGGGCUCGAUCCCUUCAACUCGACGACGCUUGCCAGCUGUUGCAUGGCUGUCUUCAAAACCCAUUAUCUCGAGAAAGAUACGUUAGCUCUGACGCAUAAUAACGCUUACGUCCAUCAGAGUAAGACUUACUCAAAUGCGUCGAUCGAAUGGCUCGAGUAUGUAAAAAAGACUCGAAACAUCGACAUUCACCACGCAGUCAAUCACUGUGAGAUGUCAAUCGGUCGUUACUUUUUAGAUGGGUUCUACGAAGAGGGAGAAUCGAGAUACGGGUUCGAAUUUAAUGGUUGCCUUCACCAUGGACAUUCGUGCCGCUUUGAACCCCAUCAGCGACAUCCUAUGUCAGGGGUACCUUAUGGGGAACUCAGGAGACAGUUUGACGAAAAAGUUGAAAUUCUACAGAAUGCCUACGGUUUGAAAAUCGAGGUUCUUUGGGAAUGCGAAUGGGAGGAAAUGAAGCGGUCUGAUCCUUCUGUGAAGGAAUUUAUGAGUACUUAUUCAGCGCCCGAGAGACUGAAACCGAGAGAGGCGCUGUUUGGUGGUCGAACUAACGCUUAUAAACUGUAUCACAAAGCGGUUGAGGGCGAGAGAAUAAGUUACGUAGAUUUUUACGAGCUUAUAUCCUUUCUGUCAGGCUAAGAAAACCUAUCCGAUCGGACACCCUCAAAUUAUUUUCAAAGAUUUUGAACCGAUCGAAAAUUAUUACGGAAUCAUCAAAGCUAAAGUUUAUCCGCCUCGUAAAUUGUUACACCCGGUUCUUCUCGGUAAACUGAUGUUUCCACUGUGCGGUAAAUGUGCACACGCUCAAAACCAGACAACAGACUGUGCCCACACUGAUGUAGAGAGAGCGCUCACGGGGUGUUGGGUCAGCAUCGAGCUUUUGAAAGCGAUUGAGAAGGGUUACGUUAUUGCCACGAUUGAAGAGGUUUGGCAUUUCCCGCAACAGUCAGACACAUUAUUUUGUGAAUACGUAAAGACGUUUUUAUGUCUGAAGCAACAAGCGUCUGGUUACCCGGCAAAUGUUGUCACUGAUGCCGACAAAGAGGCUUAUAUACGCGAAUAUUAUGAAAAAGAGGGUAUUCGCCUAGAUCCUGAAAAGAUCAGUCACAACCCCGCGCAGAGGGCUAUCAAUAAAUUAUUGCUGAAUAGUUUAUGGGGGAGGUUCUCCAUGCGCGAACAUCUGGCUUAUACUGAGCUUGUGAACGACCCUGAAGAUUUCACCAGAAUUGUUUUUGGUGAAACCGACACGCUGACUUAUUUUACUUUCGUCUUGGACGACGUUGCUCUAGUCCAACAUUGACCUCCAAAAGGGGAUGUUCGACAGACUCGUGACAUAAACGUCUUUGUAGGAGCUUUUACAACAGCUCAUGCGCGGCUUGAGUUGUACGAGCUCAUGGAUAAACUCGGUGACCGCUUGUUAUAUUCCGACACCGACAGCGUUAUUUUUGUCUCUAGGGAGGGGGAUUGGGAUCCCCCUCUAGGAGAUCAUCUGGGGGAGCUGACGAAUGAAAUAGACGACGGAGAUUAUAUUACAGAAUUUUGCUCUAGCGGUUCAAAAUCUUAUGGAUAUCUCACGGCCAAAGGUAAAGUGUGCAUGAAAGCCAAGGGUAUAACGUUAAACGCAAAAAAUUCCCAAGCUAUUCGUUUGGAGAGUCUUAUUGGUCUGGUUAACAACUAUGUGACGUCGCGUGACAGUUUGCAAUGCAUCCUGGCCCAUACUGAAAACAUUGUGAGAAAUAAAAAGACUCUCACUCUGCACAACAAAUCAGUCGUUAAAAGGUUUAAGUUGGUGUAUAAUAAACUGAGACUUUUACCCGAUUUCACCACUCUACCUUAUGGCUACUGAUUCGAUGCUACACAGGGGCCUUCGGGAUGCUUCUGAUUUUGAUUUCAGACUUCAGCAUCCAUUCUCUGCGGUAAUCAGCGGGCCUUCUAAUUCAGGGAAAAGUUAUUUUGUAAAAAGUUUGUUGGAAAAUGGCAUGAAACUGAUUUCUAAAAAAAUUGAAAACAUUGUGUAUAUUUAUAGCUGCUGGCAGCCACUGUAUGAUGAAUUGCUUAAACUGUAUGACAUUAAAUUUGUGGAAGGAAUUCCUCAGAGUCUCAGUGAUGAUGAUUUAUUACCUGUCAACAAGACAAAUCUUUUGAUUUUGGACGACCUUAUGAACGAAGCGGGUGGAAACAAUCAGGUCGAAAAGGUUUUUACGCAAUUUGUGCAUCAUCGUAAUCUUAGCGCUAUUUAUAUAGUGCAGAAUUUAUUUGCCCAAGGUAAAUCCAGUAGAACCAUCAGCUUGAACACAAAGUAUAUGAUUUUGUUUAAAAACCCACGGGAUGCCAAUCAAGUGGCGGUACUAGGUCGGCAAAUGUAUCCUGGAAACACAAAAUACUUGGAAUGCUAUCAAGAUGCAACCAGUCGACCUUACAGUUAUUUAAUGAUAGACUAUAAAGCGAAAACUCCUGAACAAUUCCGUCUCAGAA